UCAGCCCUCGAGGAACGUUCAGUGUCAUUCUAUAAAUGUAUGUAUGGAGCCACCUUCCAACUUCACACCUCAAACUUCGAUCAUCUCUGAAAGCUUACUUCAAUGGCUGCUAGCGGUGGCUGCAAGGGCAAAUCUAUUUGCUCAAAGCAUGUCACUAUGCUCACGGCCGUAAUUAUGAGCUUUGGAGUCAUCUCCUGUUGUCUCGGCCAUGGCGGGGGGGAUCAUGAUGGCCAUCUCGGGGCGAAGGGGGGAAGCUGCAUAGAGAGCGAGAGGAGAGCUCUCCUAGACAUCAGAUCCGACAUGUAUGACUCUGGCGAAAUAUUCUCUACUUGGAUCGGUGAAGAUUGCUGUCGUUGGAGAGGAGUGGCCUGCGACAACACCACCAGCCAUGUCAUCAAACUCGACCUCCACUAUCCUUACUCCUACACAGACGAUUGGGAUGAUGGGGUUAACAUUUGCUACUUGCUGUAUGAGAUGGGUGCGAGUAAGGUAAAUCCCGCUUUGCGUGAUCUGAAGCAUUUGAAAUAUCUGGAUUUGAGCAUGAAUAAUUUCUUUGGCUCCCACAUUCCCCACAUGAUUGCUUCACUUGUGCAUUUGGAAUAUCUUAACCUAUCCAAUGCCAUGUUUGGUGGACUAAUACCUCCUCAACUGGGGAAUCUCUCUAAGUUACACUUCCUCGAUCUUGGAGGAUGUGGACAUAUUGAUCGACGAGCUGAUGACCUUGAUUGGCUCUCCCGAAUUCCGUCUCUAAUACAUGUUGAUAUGAGUUCUGUCAACCUCUCUAAAGCAACUAAUUGGCUUCACCAAGUUAAUUCAAUUCCCAGUCUUGAAGUAUUGCGCUUGGAGUGGGCAAGCCUCCCGUAUAUUCCAGCUCCUCCGCCCCCAUUUAAUUUGACUUCAAUCGUAAAGCUGGAUCUCUCUGGUUAUUCCAACUUGAACACAACAAUUCUAAGAUGGCUCUCUCAUGCUAGCAGCCUUGCAUAUCUUGAUCUUUCUUCUUGUAGUGGUAUCGAUAUUGAGUCACUACAAGUCACUCUCGGAGCUCUGAGUAAUUUGAAAGAAUUAUAUUUGCUAGACAAUAGUCUCGAAGGAGAAAUUUUUGGAAUGAUAAUGAAUGUGAGCAGGAGCUUGAAGUAUCUGGAUUUAAGUUGGAAUUCAUUAAGUGGAGAUAUGGGACAAAUCUUGAGGAGCCUUAGCCCUUUUGGAAUGCUAAUGAAUGUGAGCAGCAGGUUGAAGCAUUUGGAUUUAAGUGGGAAUUCAUUAAGCGGAGAUAUUGGACAAAUCUUGAGGAGCCUUGGCUCCUUGGAGUACCUUGCAUUAGAUGAUAACAAUUUGGAUGGAGAUAUUCUAGAAAUGGUGAAAAAUGCUCCGAACAGCUUACAAUAUUUAAGUUUGAAAUUCAGUCACAUUACUGGAGAAAUUCCACAAAAAAUAAAGAAUCUCACUAAUUUGGAAUACUUGGAUCUCUCGUACACCAAUAUUACAGAAGGUAUACUAAUGGCUUUUUGUGAUCUCAUCAACUUGAAAAGUUUGAUAUUACAAGGAAAUAAUUUUUCAAGACAAAUACAAAAAACUAUUGGAAAUUUCACCAAUUUGAAAUAUUUGGAUCUCUCGUACAAUAAUAUUUCAGGACAAAUACCAGAAAUUAUUGGGAAUCUCACCAAUUUGAAAUAUUUGGAUCUCUCGUACAAUAAUAUUACUGGAGCUAUACCGAUGGCUAUCGGUGAUCUUAUCAACUUGGAGAGCUUGAGAUUAUGGGGAAAUAAGAUUUCAGGACAAAUACCAGAAAUUAUUGGGAAUCUCACCAAUUUGAAAUAUUUGGAUCUCUCAGACAAUAAUAUUACUGGAGCUAUACCAAUGACUAUUGGUGAUCUUAUCAACUUGGAGAGCUUGAGAUUAUGGGGAAAUAAGAUUUCUGGACAAAUACCAGAAAUUAUUGGGAAUCUCCGAAAUAUACAAUGGUUAGAUUUAUCUGAUAAUUUUUUUAGUGGACAGAUACCAGAGACUUUCAACAGACUCUACAACUUACAAAGCUUGGAUGUAUCAUAUAAUCACUUGACAAAGUUAGUAUCUGGGACUCUAAAUAAACUAUGCAAUUUGAGUUCUAUAGAUUUGUCCAUUAACCCUAUUGGUGGAGAGCUAACAGAUUUGAUCGAUGCUUUACCAGAUUGUAACCAGAGAGCCGGUUUAGAUAUAUUUAUUAGGGCUAAUAAUUUGAGUGGGAUUGUCCCCUCAAGUAUUGGUCAAUUAUCUGCAUUAUAUGGAUUGGACAUCUCCUCAAAUUUGCUCGAAGGCAACAUCACCGAAGCACACUUUUCCAAACUCACCAAUUUAGUCAAUUUGGACAUAUCUAACAACUCCUUGGAUGUGAUCCUAUCCAAUGAUUGGCUUCCACCUUUUAAUGCCCAAAGUAUUAUUAUGAGCUCAUGUCAUAUGGGAACUAAAUUUCCAGCUUGAAUUCAGACACAAACAAAUUUGAUAGAUCUUUCUUUAUCUGGAGUUGGACUCUUAGGCCACCUUCCAACUUGGUUUUCAGAUUUCUCAAAAGGUUUGUGGAGUCUUAACUUGAGUUCUAAUAACUUGAAUGGCCCACUACCCUCUGCUCCAUAUCAAAUGAUCGAUCUCUCCAAUAACUCAUUUGUUGGACCCAUUCCGUUGAGUUUUGCAAAUGCCUCUAACCUUCAAAUUUUAUCUUUAUCUCAUAACAAUAUCAAUGGCAGUUUUUCUCCCUUUUUCUGCAAUCUAAAUUAUCUGAAAAUCCUGGACCUAUCAAACAAUAAUUUAUCUGGAGAAAUCCCAACAUGUCAUAAAUCAUUCCCAACUUCUCUACAGUCCUUGCAUCUGAACCACAACAACCUCUCUGGAAGAUUUCCUUCCUUCUUGAAACAUUGUGAACAAUUGGUUACCCUUGAUCUCGCUGAAAAUAAUUUGUUUGAUGAAAUACCAACAUGGGUGGGAGAAAACCUUUUAUCCUUGAGAGUUCUUAGUUUGAAGUCAAACCUAUUUUAUGGUACCAUUCCAGUGCACAUAGCAAAUCUCACUUCUCUUCAGGUUUUGGAUCUUUCUUCCAACCAUCUUUCUGGUAGCAUUCCUUCGUCUCUAGGAAAUUGUAGUGCUAUGGUUGAGAUACAACAUGACACUACAUCAUUGCUUAAUCUUUUUAAUGUUAGCGGUUCCUAUAGCGAGAGCAUAGUAAUAACAGCCAAAGGAUAUGACAUCCAAUACACCACAAUUCUCUCACUUGUAACAAGCAUAGACCUAUCAAACAAUAAUCUUUCCGGCGAGAUCCCAAGAGAGCUAACAAACCUUCAUGGAUUGCUUUUUUUGAACUUAUCCAAGAAUCAUUUGAGAGGAACCAUUCCAGAAAAGAUUGGUUCCAUGGAACAACUGGAAUCACUUGACUUAUCGAUGAACAAUCUCACAGGAGAUAUUCCUUCCAGCUUAUCAUCUCUCACCUUCCUAAGCCACUUGAAUCUCUCUCACAACAACUUGUCAGGAAGAAUUCCAACAGCCGGUGGUCAAAUGUCGACCUUCAACGCGUCGAUCUAUGAUGGUAAUGAAUACCUUUGUGGUACGCCACUGCCAGAGUGCCCUGGUGAUGCAGAUCAUCAAAGUCCACCUCAUGAACACGAAGAGAAAAACGGUGACAGGCUUGAAACAGUGUGGGAAAUUACCAGCACGGUCAUGGGUUUUGUGGUUGGUUUUUGGAGUUUUGUUGGAACAAUGAUCAUGAAACAGAGCAUAAGGAUGGCUUUCUUUCGAGUUUUCGACAAGGCCUACGAUUGGUGCUACGUGCAUUUGGCAGUCGGAUGUGCAAGGUUAAAGUCCAAACAGCAAAGUGUGACUUGAUCCAUCGGUGGCAAGAACUAAAGAGUUUACUGUUACAUCUUAAGGAGGUCUCAAGUUGCUUUUCCAGUUAGUAAUUCCAGCUCGUAUGUUAUGGUGUAAUGUUGUCAGAAUAAAGAAGGAAAGGGUAUCGCAGUUGAUGGCCUUUUGCUUCAUUAGUAUGUAUGUAUUUGUUCUAAUCAGUUCAAAAACUUCAUCAUCCGUCGUUCUAAUCAAUAUGUUCAAAUCAGUCGUCCCUACCGUUGUCUUUAUGACAUUAUAGUAAAGCAGAAAGAAGUAUGCUGAAGAGCUUAUUGUUACAUCUUGAGGUCGCAAGCUGCUUUCAAGUAAUGUUGUAUGUAAUCAUCAUGCAAUGCUGUCAGAAUAAAGAAGGAAGAAGUAUCAAGUACUGCAUUCCUUCUAAUCUCUUCAAAUACUUUUUUAUCUUCCGUCGUUCUGUUAUCGCUUUCCUUUCGAUACAUUGCCUCGUUAAUUUGAUGUCGACACAUGCUUUUCUUUGUGUUAUUUUAUAUGGCAGCUUCUGUUGGCAAUUUUUGUAGCUUUUAGUAGUCUUCUGUUGACAUCCAUGGCCAUGCUCGAUCUCUGUGGUUAUUAGAACUCAAGUAAUGCAUGUAUUCUAAGAAGGCUCACUAAUGCUAGCAGCCUUGCACACAUUGGCAAUCUUCAAAGUCUGCAGGUUUUACAUCUGUCUCGUAACUCUGUAACCGGGCAACCACCAGAAACAAUUGGCAAACUCGACCUCUUGCAGUUCUUGGAUAUAUCAGAUCAACCACUUAUCAGGGCAGAUGCCGAGGACUUUAGGUUUGUCGAGUUGUACUGGAGGAGCAGCCUUGUCAUACUUAAGUAUUGAGGGCAACAAAUUUAAUGGCAUUAUUCCAUAUAAUUUGGGUCAAUUUUCUGGAAUGUACAGGUUGGACCUCUCCUCAAACUCACUAGAAGGCGACAUCACUGAAGCACACUUUUCCCAGCUCCUUCAGCUUGGAAAAUUUGGACAUAUCUUACAGCUCCUUCAAAUUGGUUUCCCCCUUUUGAUGCUUCAUUUAUUGACAUGAGUUUCUGUCAUAUAGGAACUAAAUUUCCUACUUGGAUUCGAAGCCAAACUAAUUUGAGAAGCCUUCAACUAUCUGGAGUUGGACUCGCGGGCAAAGUUCCAGCUUGGUUCUCGGAUAUGUCUACAGGAAGCAUUCCAACAAGCAAUCAAUUGUCCACGUUAAAUGACCCCUCAAUCCAUGUUGGCAACAAAGACCUUUGUGGUACGCCACUGCCUGUGUGCCCUGGAGAUGUUGCUUAUCGAAGCCUACCUCCUGCAGCAAUUGAAGAAGGAGAAGAAGACAGUGAUGGCGAGCUUGAAGGUGUAUUAGAAAUUACAAGCAUCGUCAUGGGAUUCGUGGUGGGGUUUUGGAGUUGUUUUGGCAUAAUGAUCAUGAAACAGUCUCUAAGGGUUGCUCUCUUCCGUUUGACAGACAAGACUGGUGAUUGGGUCUUCGUGCAGUUGGCAGUAAGGUUUGCAAGGCUGAAGUCCAAAUCGAGAAGUACCGCAUGAACUGUCGCAGGAAACUUGGGUGGCACAUUUACUAUUACAGCUUGAGAUCAUACGGUCCUUUCCACCAAGUCGCCCAUAUGUUUUAUCAUGUAAUGCUAUCAGCAAAAGGACUGGACAGUUUCUGGUGUUCUAUGUAUUAUGAUGUUAUGUUAUUAGUAUAGUUUCGGUAUAUUGUGCA